UUCUGAACGCUUUCACUAUGUCAAUAAAGAUGCACAAAAAAGAAUAUUCACAACAUCAACUUCUACAACAAAACCAUGAUUCGGGUGUGAAUCUCAUUAGUAUAAUAUGUUAAUUUGCUAGGUGAUCUGAAAUCCGGCUGCAAAGCAGCAUGCGGCCAUGAACGAAAAGACAAGCAACAAGAAAAGAAUCUCCAAAAUGACGAGUAAAUCAUUCCUAUGGGGUGUUAUGGCCGCUUCAUUGACGUGGUCCAUUAGUUUGUAUCUGUACUGGAAUCUGAGCAACACGUCGACGAACGGCGAGACUGUAGGUGGUGAGUUUCGAUUGGCAAAAACACCAACUUCCGCGGCCGCGAUCGGAGAAGAUUCUCGACAAAGGAUAGGGAAGCAUCAGAACAGUCUCUUCGGGGCUUCGGAUGAAAGACUGCGCUUGAAGUCGUCCAAGCAAGUGGAAAAGAGUAAAAGUUUGUUCAAAGAAAAGUAUGCUCGGUUUAUGCAUGAGAAGGAAAAGAGGCGCAUCAGCCAUCGGUUGAUUGAUCAGCUGCAACCCAUGCUUCCGAAUGGGACGGAUGAGUUCGGCAUGGUGCAAAACUCGGAGGAGCAGUUUAUUCGCGACAUCGGUUACAGGAAGCACGCGUUUAACGUGCUCGUCAGUAACAAGCUUGGAUCGUUCCGACCGAUACCGGACACACGGCAUAAGCUCUGUGAAGCGCAAGUUUACGAUAAGGUGCUGCCAGCCGCAUCUAUCGUGAUGUGUUUCUACAACGAACAUCUCGAGACGUUGCUACGUUCUGUGCAAUCAGUGCUUAACCGAACACCAGCCUACCUGUUAAAGGAGCUAAUUCUAGUAGAUGAUUGUAGCGACUUCGAGGACCUAACUGUUGGUGGACGACUAGAGAAUGAGUUGAAGCAAUUAGACACUGAUAAAGUGCGGCUCUUGCGAAACGUCAAUCGUGAAGGGUUGAUGCGGUCCCGGGUUUACGGUGCUCGUAACGCUACCGGCCAGGUGCUAAUCUUCCUCGACAGCCAUAUCGAGGUGAAUGUGGACUGGAUCGAACCGUUGCUUUCAAGAAUCAAGCACGAUCGCACGAUCCUAGCGAUGCCCGUGAUCGAUAUCAUUAACUCGGACACAUUUGCGUACACCGCCAGUCCACUGGUUCGGGGCGGAUUCAACUGGGGUUUACACUUCAAGUGGGACAACCUACCGAAAGGUAGUCUCGAACGGGACAAGGAUUUCAUCGGUCCGUUCAACUCGCCGACGAUGGCCGGCGGCCUGUUUGCCAUUGAUCGGACAUACUUCAAGGAGCUUGGUGAGUACGACAUGGGCAUGGACGUGUGGGGUGGCGAAAAUUUGGAGAUUUCAUUUCGUACCUGGCAAUGCGGUGGGUCCAUUGAGCUGCUGCCCUGUUCCCGCAUUGGUCACGUGUUUCGUAAACGGCGACCAUAUGGUUCUCCCGACGGUCAGGAUACGAUGAUCCGCAACUCUCUUCGACUAGCGCAUGUCUGGAUGGAUGAUUACAUACGAUUCUUCUACGAGCACCAACCGCAGGCACGCCACGUACCGUACGGUAAUGUUAGCGAGCGACAACAGCUGCGCGAACGUCUUGGUUGCAAACCGUUUCGGUGGUAUUUGGACAACAUUUACCCGCAACUGCGUGUACCCGGAGAGAAGACGAACGAUGAGACUGGCGAUGCAACGCAGCCAAAAUUUGAACCAUGGCAUUCGCGCAAGCGCAAUUAUGUGGCUAGUUUUCAGAUACGGCUGUCGAACAGUACGUUAUGCAUCUCAACGGAACUGGACAGCGAGAAAAGCCUCUGGAAGAAGGGUUCCAGUUUAGCGCUGCAACCAUGUUUGCGCGUUAAGCAACAGAUGUGGUACGAAACCGAAAAAUCUGAGCUUGUGUUGGGUCAGCUGCUAUGUUUGGAUGCACCAUCUAGUGCCACCAAAGGAAAGCCGAAGCUGAACAAAUGUCACGAAAUGGGUGGUGAUCAGGCAUGGAAACAUCGGAAAACGUCCGGUACACCGAUCUACAAUAUUGCUUCCGGCAGCUGUUUAACUGUAAAAGAUGUGCGCAAGGGAUCUCCGGUGGGACUGGACCUUUGCGUUAGUUCCCCGCGUAGCACUUGGGAUCUGAUAAUCUCAUGACCACAGAACUGAUGAUAAGAUACUGCAACUUUUUGUAUUCCACACAGACUUUGGUUUUCGCUUUAGUUCGUACAAUUUACCAGACAUUACAUUUUAGAUAGGAAAUUAAAUGAAUAAAUCAUACCAUUUGCAUACAACAUCGUUAUGUUCUUUCCGUUGUCACAAGGUGCAUGUGUAAUAAAAUGUAUAUCGAAAGGCAAA